AGCCGUCUCCGCCCUCGCCCGGGAGCUACGAGGCUGCAGGAGCGGUGCCGCAGUAGCCACCUCCGCCGCCGCGCAGCCACCGGUUCCCCGCAGCCGCCGCUCAGCCGCGCCCGGAGCCCGGCCGACGAGGCUGCAAGCGCAGCCAGGAACCCGUAGCCCGCGCUUCGAGCCCGCCGCCGCCCUCUGAGGGCGCCCCAGGCCGCGCCAUGGUGAAGGUGACGUUCAACUCGGCUCUGGCCCAGAAGGAGGCCAAGAAGGACGAUCCCAAGAGCGGCGAGGAGGCGCUUAUCAUCCCCCCCGACACCGUCGCCGUGGACUGCAAGGACCCAGAUGAAGUGGUACCAGUUGGCCAAAGAAGAGCCUGGUGUUGGUGCAUGUGCUUUGGACUAGCAUUUAUGCUUGCAGGUGUCAUUCUAGGAGGAGCAUACCUGUACAAAUAUUUUGCACUUCAACCAGAUGACGUCUACUACUGUGGAAUAAAGUACAUCAAAGACGAUGUCAUCUUAAAUGAGCCUUCUGCAGAUGCCCCAGCUGCUCGAUACCAGACGAUUGAGGAAAAUAUUAAGAUCUUUGAGGAAGAUGAGGUUGAAUUCAUCAGUGUGCCUGUCCCAGAGUUUGCGGACAGUGAUCCUGCCAACAUCGUUCAUGACUUUAACAAGAAACUCACAGCCUAUUUAGAUCUUAACUUGGAUAAGUGCUAUGUGAUUCCUCUGAACACGUCCAUUGUUAUGCCACCCAGGAACCUACUGGAAUUACUUAUUAACAUAAGGGCUGGGACCUAUUUGCCUCAGUCAUAUCUGAUUCAUGAACACAUGGUCAUCACUGAUCGCAUUGAAAACAUUGAUCACCUGGGUUUCUAUAUUUAUCGACUGUGCCAUGACAAGGAAACUUACAAACUGCAACGCAGGGAAACCAUUAAAGGUAUUCAGAAACGUGAAGUCAGCGAUUGUGUUACGAUUCGGCAUUUUGAAAACAAAUUUGCCGUGGAAACUUUAAUUUGUUCUUGAACAGUCAAGAAAAACAUUAUGGAGAAAAAUUUAAUAUCACAGCAUAACUCUACAUCCUUUGUAUUUUGUGCAGUGAUUAUUUUUUAAAAUCUUCUUUCAUGUAAGUAGCAAACAAGGCUUCACUAUCUUUUCAUCUCAUUGAUUCAAUUAAAACCAUUACCUUUUAAAAAUCUUUUUUUCUUUCCAAGUGUGGUGUCUUUUAUCUUCAAUUAGUAGUUGUAUGAAGUUAUAGGUAAUAGUACACUUCACCAUAGAUCUUAGGUCUUAGGAAGAAUUUAAAUUUCAUUAAUUCAUUUACCCAGAUUUUUAUGUUUUACUUAAUACAUUUUCAAGAGGAGGGGCUAUCUAAUCAUCACAUAUAUGCACACGUAAAAAUGGACCACAGUGACUUAUUUGUAGCUGUUGCCCUGCCACUUAGUUUGUUAGAGCAUUUGAGCAGAUACUUUAAUUUUCCUCUAAUUAAAAUGUGCAGUAUUUUCAGUGUCAUAUUUAACUACUUAGAGUAUGAUUUCCACCUCGAUGUUUUACUAUCUUAGACAUCUGCUGUAAUAAUAUUUUAGAAACUGUUUGGAAUUUAAGAAAUAACUUGUAUUACUAAUUUGUAUUAUCUCUACCUGUGCAAUGGAAUAUAAAUAUCACAAAGUUGUUUGACUAAA